AGCUCAACACCAACCGCAGAUUACACAUUCUGCUCUCACGCAGGGACGAAGGCAGAUAGGAGCAACGCGGGGGGAAACUGACGCGGUCUUUCUCCUGUACAGGCGACAGCCUUCGCGCGCAAUCAGCGCCAGGCAGAAGCGGACGAAGGAGGAGGAAGAGGAGGAGAGUCAAACCACACAUGCCACGUCUGGAUAUAUGCGUGCAGAUAUCACAUUUUCUAACCGCAAAGUCAAAGUAGAAGGUGUGAGCUGUUCGACUUCCGUGGUAGUCAAUCAGAUGCUGUGACACCUUUGCACACCUGUGGAUACAGCAAACGCCCGCUUGAUGGUCGGACACCAAUCUAUGCUUCAUAUAGGAUUCUCCAGUUGAUAAUCAUCCUGCGCACCAUGCUACUGAGCUUUCCCCUCUUGUUACUCCCGUUGCUGUGCGUCACCAGCUGUGCUGCGUCUUUCGUGCCUUGCGAGCCGUGUGACCAGAAGGCCCGUUCCAUGUGCCCCCCGAUGCCCUUGGGCUGCCAGGCGGUAAAGGAGCCCGGCUGCGGCUGCUGCCUGACGUGCGCGCUCGUGGACGGCCAGUCGUGCGGCGUGUACACGGGGCCGUGCACGCGCGGUCUGCGAUGUCUGCCCAAGAACGGCGAGGAGAAGCCUCUACACGCCCUCCUACACGGUCGAGGGGUGUGCAGAAACGAGAAGUUGUACAAACUGCUGCAUCCUUCGAAAGACACCAUGAUGCCCCAAACCAAGGUGCCCAUAUACGGACGAGACCAUAUUAGCAGUCGAAAAGCCCAGGCGAUGAAGCAGGCAAAGGACCGCAAAAAGCAGCUGGCCAGGGUGGGACCCAGCAGCCACUUGGAUUUCCCUCUGCACGGCCUGGAGAAAUUGGAGCUUGGGCCUUGUCGGAGACGUCUGGAUCACCUCAUUCAGAGCAUGAAGGACACAUCCCGGGUCUUGGCGCUGUCUUUGUAUAUCCCUAACUGUGACAAAAAAGGUUUCUUCAAGCGCAAACAGUGCAAGCCAUCACGUGGACGCAGGAGGGGGAUCUGCUGGUGCGUGGAUCGCUUCGGUGCCAAGAUCCCUGGCAUAAACCACGCCGGUGGAGACUUGCAGUGCAAAGACUUGGAUAGUAGUAGCAAUAGGAAUGAGUGAGCUUGAGUCCAGCUGUCACACAUACUGUACGCGAUGAGUGCCAACCAGCAGUCUGAUUUGUCACCAUGUGGUCAUGGUGAACUGUUCUUGUAUUAAAAGGGAAGCUGAAAUGCAUGCUCAUUGGUUAUACUGUUCAACUGUUCUAAAUGGGCUGUGUUCAUCCACUUAAUAUGAAGUAGGUUACAUUAUAUACAUAUAUAGCUCUGGAAAAAACAAAACACCAAAAGGACACUGGACCUUAUUGGGUAUUUUGAGUUUUGAAUUUUCUACAAAGAAAUGAAAAACUUUAUUUUUGUAAUUUGAUAGCCAUGUUGUCAGUAGUUUAUAGACGCUUAUAGAACAUAACAAAAAUUAUUAUUUUAAACAAACCUACCCAUAAAUACUAACAUCGCACAAAUGAGUAAUCUUGGUCCCCUAUUUUUUUUCCAGAGCUUUAUGGUGCAUCUCAAUAAAUUAGGCUGUUUUAAUAAUUAAAUGUCUUUCAUUUAUUUAAUUUAAAGAUUUUGUGCGCUUUUUUAAAUUUAGGCUUACAGCUUCCAAAUUAUAGGACACAGGAGGCAAUGUUUUUCAUCUAGAAUAAGGUGAUUCUUUUGAUGCAUUACACGCUUACGGUAAUCGUGACUAAAACUGCAUCAAAGCCGAAUGGCAUUGAUGGAAUUGCAGGUUACUUUGAUAGCUGUUUUCAACGAAAGUGUAACUGAGCUUCCACUUGGUGAUAUCUCUGUAGAUUCUCUAGUCUAGGGGGAUUGAGGUUUGGUGGUUUUGCGGCGCAAUCAAGCACGGUGAUAUAAUGGUUAUUUAACAAGCGUUUGGAAGUUUAGGCAGUGCUGGAGGGGUCCUACCCUUCUAGCGGUCCUAGUGAAUGAAAUCAAUAUCACCAUAAAGCAGUUCAGCAAAAGAUGGCGGGAAGUGGUUGAAAAUAAAUAAAGUUUUCCACCAUAUUCAAAUUUAUUGAGAUGCACCUACCGUGUACGUAUUGUGCAUUUAGUCUGUUUAAGAUACCAUUUUUUUAUGUGACUUGGAGCUAACAUCCAAGUUUCUGCUCUUGUGAAAGGAUUUGUGGCAUAUUUUUAAUGAC